UGUAUGGCAUAUGCUUGUUGGCAAGUCUGAGGAGAAGACGUGCGUUAGUAGUUUCGCGUGUUGUGUAGCGGCCGUUCUCGUACGGCGCCAGUGUUGUAUUGAUCGUAGCGCGACGUCGGUAGUCCUGCAAGUGCGAGCGGUGAGUCACGCUCAGUUGUUGUCGUUCGGUGGAAGGCGGUAGAUGGUUCGCAACUGCGCCGUUCCCAGGAUGGAGACGACGUUCUAUGAAGAGGCUGCGGCGUACCAGCAAAGGCUGGGCGAUGUCAACCACCUGAAACGUAGCCUGACACUCGACCUGAACAGCGUGCGGUCAGCAUCUAAUGCAAAGAGGCCACGGUUCAACGCGUCUGUGACGAACGGGAUGGUUGGUGGACCGCCAGUCCUGUCUUCGCCGGAUCUGAAUCUCCUGAAGAUCGGGUCUCCCGAGCUGGAGAAACUGAUCAUCGCGCAGAGCGGCCUGGUGACUACGGCGCCCACGCCAACCCCGUCCCAGAUUCUCUUCCCGCCAACGGUCACGGAGGAGCAGGAGAUGUAUGCGCGAGGUUUCGUCGACGCGCUGAACGAGUUGCACACCAGUGACUCGAGCCAAAUGAGCGCGGGUCUCGAUGUCCCUGUUACUUCGAGCAAUGGUGUUACUUACACUACGCUUGAAAGCCACGCGGGCGGCGGCGGAGGCCAUGUGAUUCAGCAGACGACGUUCCCUCGCCUGUCAUCGUAUGGUGUUGUUAUGUCACCUCCGGAAGUGGUGGUCAAGGACGAGCCACAGACUGUACCUAGCCUAGGCUCCUCCCCGCCUCUGUCGCCCAUCAACAUGGAAUGUCAAGAGAAGAUCAAGCUGGAGAGGAAGAGGCAACGUAAUAGGAUAGCUGCUUCAAAGUGUCGCCGAAGAAAACUCGAACGCAUCUCGAGGUUGGAAGAGAAAGUAAAGCAGCUGAAAGGAGAAAAUAGCGAGCUAGGCAGUGUCGUCCAUAAGUUGAAGGAGCAGGUGUGCCAUCUAAAAGAACAGGUUAUGGAUCACGUGCACAGCGGCUGCCAAAUAAUGGUAUCUUCGCAUUUCUGAACGACGCAUCCUCAAUAUUAUUUUUUGAGUCUGCACUUCGUCAUACGGGUCGACAGAAGAUACGGAUGACUACGCCCGUCGCUGUUUGACAAGCUGAUCCGACUUCCCACAGUCAGUGUGUCGUGCAAUUUGUUUACAUGUUGAGUGGGUGGGUUGCGCAUGCGUGUGACCGUGAGGGAGGUGGCUCGCAGUUUUAACGUGCGAAUGUGGGUGUAUGCGCUCGUGCGAGCGAUCGGCUGUGGGAUGGGUCGGCCAGCUGUUUGGCUGUGAGUGUGUAUGAGUGCGGCCAGCCUCGCUUGCGCAAGAGCAACGGGAAAUGCGUGGCCGAGCAGCAUCUGGGAGAAUGCGUUUAGUUUCUUCCAAGCCAGUGUAUACUCCGUGAGUGAGUAAUCAUAUAGUAUUAAUAAUGAACUGUGAAUAGACUAAGCUGUUUGUUUACAAAUAGUAAAUUCGGAGUUCAUAAGCAUUCCUAAUCUGUAAUGUAAAAUCGGGACGUUCAUUGCUUUGCGUAAGUAAAGUCCCGCUUUGAUACAGACACUUUAUUUCUCGAACCAAGGCAAGUUCUACAUCUAGUCACGACCGGUCAAGGUCAUGAAAGUUCUUUGUAUUAAGUGCUAGGUAAUGUGAUGUGAUUUUGUUUGUAUUCAGUGUGAAGGUAUGCUAAGCUUUGAUGCUACCAGAUAGUUUUUCAAAGUUUUCAAGAAGUCAUAUUUUGUAUCUUGUGAAUGUUUGCAAAUCUUGUGCCGACAUUAGCUUACUUAUGGUCGAGCUUCAUAUUUAGCUGAAGAGAUAUAAAUGAUAACUCAAUGUCUUUCCAAUAAUGCAACGUGCCUUUUUAGAAGUUUAUUUUGGAUCUGCUAUCUGAAUCCUCAUAUUCCCAAAGUGACCUGCAGCAAUUUAAGCUUUUGUAAAUACAAAGAUUUUUAAAUACCAUUUUUAUACUUCAUUUCAUCGAGCAAUAAGCAUAUGAUGAAAAUGUGUGACCGAAAUGUGAUGUUAAAGUGAAGAUAAUUAUUGUGAAAACCUUUUUUAUGAAUAAUUUUAUUUUUGACAAAAUAAAUUCAUAUGUAUAUA